AUGAGCACAAGUGAAACAAUUGAAUUAUACGCGGGAUUGAUUUCAAAGCCAACUCUAACUGAACAACUUUUAUCAAGGCCUCCUUUUAAAUUCAUUGUCGAUAUUGUUACAAAUAUUAUUAAAUCAACGGGUUAUUUGAAGGUUAGUUACUGAAGUAGACGUUUUUUCAUGGAUCAAUAACUUUCCUGGGAGAAGAAACUAUUUUUUGGCUCAAAGAUACUCUGUAAUUUAUAACCCAAGAUCGUUAACUUUACUGGGUAGAUCAAAAAUGUUUUCUAACAUUAAGUUUUGUAAAUUUUAGUAUCAUCCCAAAGAGUAGGGAAAAUUUACGAGUAUCUACUCUGAACUAAAUGCAAUUCAAAACAUUGUCAAAUUUCCAGGACGAGUUUGAUAAAGAUGAGUUAGCUGCAGCUGGUACGGAUAAAACUUCAAAGGCGGCAUUUUUGGAUAAAUUAAUCAGUUUACUGAAUAAUGGUGACUUGGAAAAUGUGAAAUCUGCAAAAAUUAUCGCUGGUAAAGAUCCCGAGGAUACAAACAAGGUGUGUGUCUCGUUUCCAAAAAAUUUAAUAAUAUUUCGAAAUUGUUUGUUACAGCUUUUACAAAAAUUGGCAAAAAACGCGAAGAAUUCCGGGGGUGGUGAGAAAGAAAAGAAAAAGAAAAGCAAAGAUAAGGAUAAGGACAAAGACAAGGAAAAGGAUACAAAAGAGAAGAAAAGUAGUAGUAAGGAAAAAUCGAGUGAACGGAAAAGCAAACGAGUAAGAUUGCAAAAAAUAUUCCCACAAUCAUUUUUUUAUAAUUUUCAGGAUUCUAUAUCCACUUCUUCUGACGAAAAGAAAAAAGAAAAACGUGAAAAAUCAAAAAGUAAAGAUGAAAAAGAAAAAUCUUCGAAAAAAUCAUCUUCCUCGUCUUCUAAAGAACGCCAUAAAUCGAAAGAAAAGAAAAGUUCUGAAGAAAAUGGUAAAUCGGAAAAGAAAAAGAAAGACAAAGUUUUGAAACGAGGAGAUUCAAUGAUUGCCAUAAAUGGAGAUGUUCCACAUACACCAAAUGAAGAUCGACAAGAUGAAGGAUACGAUGAACAAGAAGGUCCCUCAAAUGUUAUGAUUAUGAAUGAUUCUGCAGAUUCAAGUUCUUUGUUGCAAGCAGCAACAUCGCCUGUGAAAACUGAUGAUAGCGGGAUGGGUGAUGAUAGCCCGCGUCCACCCCCGCCAGCAGAACGAGCUGCGCUAUUACGACAAGCAACUGGCGCAGCAAGGCCGAUGACAUCAAUGGGACGACCUGGAACAGCAGCAUCAAGGCCAGCCCCACCAAAAAUCAAGAAGAAACAAAUUGCUGUUGUCGAUUCAACACCCCAACCAGUAGGUUUUUAUGAUAGCUGAAGGGUUUUUUUCAAAACUUAAAUAAUAUGUUUAUAGGUGAUUGAACUGAAAUCCGAAAUUAUCACAGAUGGCCCAACCAAAGAAGAAGAUGAAAAUAAUUUUGUGAUGGAAGAAGAUGAAGUCGUCGAUGCUCCAGUUGUAACAUCUGAAACUGUUGAUGAAGAAGAUCGUGGUGCCUUGGUUCAAAAAAUAAUGGAGAAAAAGGCCGAAUUAGAAGAUGGUGCUGCUAACAAUCAAAACGCUGAUGACGGAGAUGAAACAACUGCAAUUGAGAGGGAGAAGGUGAUUUGAAGCCUAUUGAGAUAGAUUUCUAGGGGAGGUUAAAUUAUAUUUUUAGGUUCGUCAGCUUCAAGAUAAACUGCAAGACUUAACAAAAACUGCAUAUCCAUUGGCACGAUUGUUUGAUUUUGCGAAUGUGAGUUGGAAGAAUUUUUAAAUUUUGAAAAUAAUAAUUAUGAAUUUGUAGGAUGAUAUUGAAACAAUGAUCAAGGAAUUGGAAAAAUGGCGAAUUGAACAGAGAAAAAAUGAGUUGGAUGAACAAAAUAAAAAAGCAGCAGGUCUUGGAGAUAGUUCAAGGUAACAUUAUGAACUUGAAAAUGAAUCAGAGAAGCCUGGGGUUUUCCAUUGAAAACUUUGGAGUGAAAACCAAGAUUUGAAUUUUUUUUUAAUGAAACCUGGGGGAGGACUGAAUUUUUCCCUUGAUGUUCGAUAUAAAACGGUAUAAGUAUCUGGAAAAUUCUGAUUAGACAACAGAAGGUCAGAUCUAAUCAGUAUCCGAACUUUUAAAAAUCAGAUUCCAAAAUAAUCGUGAACGAUUUUCAAAGGUUUCUCAUUUCAGGUUGUAUGAAAUGAUAUCAAAUCUUCAACGAGAUAUAAAAGAUAUCAAGGAUGAACUAUCAGCAGCUCGUGGACGAGUUUUAGCAAAUGAAGAUAAAAUCAAAUUAUUAGUGUCAAAUAUCUGA